AUGGGAAACAAAAUAAAUCCACUUGGUUUUAGACUUGGUUUUACGCAAAACCAUUGUUCCCUUUUGUUUGAAGAAAGGGAUUAUUCCGAAGAUCUUCGAGAAGAUGAGAGAAUAUAUAAUUGUAUUGAAAAUUAUGUACAACAUAUAAAAAGUUCCAUAAAUUCUAGUUAUGGAGGAAUUACAUGUAUAGAGAUUCUGAAACAAACCGAAUUGAUUUCGGUAAAUAUAUAUAUUGCAUUUGUCGACUUGUUUAUCGAAAAAAAGGGCCAAGAAAAAAAGAAAAAAAAAGAUGACAAACAAGAAAUUAAGCAAUUAAGAAAGGAAGUACAAAAUAUGCUUGUAGAAAGUAUGCUUGAUUCUGUAAACAGAAAACUUGUCAUUUCUAUAGAAAAAGCGGAGAAACCUUAUAGAGAACCCAAAAUUCUUGCGAAAUAUAUUGCUCUACAACUAAAGGAGAGAGUUGAAAUAAGAAAAAUAAUGAAAAAAGCUAUUGAACUGGCUGAAAAGGCAGAUGUAGAAGGUAUUAAAAUACAAAUUAAAGGGCAUCUUAACGGAAUUGAGAGAGCCCGAAAAGAAUCGGCUAUGCAAGGUAGAGUGCCCCUACAGACCCUUCAAGCUAAAAUUGAUUAUUGUUAUUAUGCGGUUCAAACCGUCUAUGGAGUAUUGGGGAUCAAAAUUUGGAUCUUUAUUUAA